AUGCCUGAAAUUGCUGAAGUCGCCCGGUGCGUGCACUUCCUGCGCCAACAUCUCCUGGGGAAGAAGAUCGCCAAGGUCUCUGCCCCGGAUGAUGCCAAUGUCUUUGGGAAGGUCGGGACCAGUGGUCCGGCAUUCGAGAAGGCCGUGAAAGGACGCAAGGUCGUAUCAGUAGGGAGUCAAGGAAAGUACUUUUGGUAUGUCGCCGUUGCUGCCUUAUAG